CCCACCCCUCGGGGCGUGCGCCACCCACUCCCGAGUCUCUAUGGUACCAACUUCCGCCGCGAGCCACUCCUCGCGAGACUUCGGCGGCGCAGCAAUGGCGAGACAAUGCCGCGUCACUGCUCCGCCGCCGGCUGCUGCACACGGGACACGCGCGAGACGCGCAACCGCGGCAUCUCCUUCCACAGACUUCCCAAGAAGGACAACCCGAGGCGCGGCUUGUGGCUGGCCAACUGUCAGCGGCUGGACCCCAGCGGCCAGGGCCUGUGGGACCCAGCCUCUGAGUACAUCUACUUCUGCUCCAAACACUUCGAAGAGAACUGCUUUGAGCUGGUGGGAAUCAGUGGUUAUCACAGGCUGAAGGAAGGGGCAGUUCCCACCAUAUUUGAAUCUUUCUCCAAGUUGCGCCGAACAACCAAAGCCAAGGGGCACAGUUACCUUCCUGGCCCACCUGAUAUCAGCCGACUCCAGCGAUGCAGAAAGCGCUGCUCUGAAGGCCGAGGGCCCACAACUCCAUUUUCUCCACCUCCUCCUGCUGAUGUCACCUGCUUUCCUGUGGAGGAGGCCUCAGCACCUGCCACACCUGCCACUUUACCUGCCUCCCCAGCUGGGAGGCUGGAGCCUGGCCUUAGCAGCCCCUUCUCAGACCUUUUGGGCCCCCUAGGGGCCCAGGCAGAUGAAGCAGGCUGUAGUGCUCAGCCCUCACCAGAGCGGCAACCCUCCCCUCUUGAGCCACGGCCGGUCUCUCCAUCAGCCUACAUGUUGCGCCUGCCGCCACCUGCUGGAGCAUACAUCCAGAAUGAGCACAGCUACCAAGUGGGCAGUGCCCUGCUCUGGAAGAGGCGAGCUGAAGCAGCCCUUGAUGCCCUGGACAAGGCCCAGCGCCAGCUGCAGGCCUGUAAGCGGCGGGAGCAGCGGCUGCGGCUGCGACUGACCAAACUGCAACAGGAACGGGCACGGGAGAAGCGGGCACAGGCAGAUGCCCGCCAGACUCUGAAGGAGCAUGUGCAGGACUUUGCCAUGCAGUUGAGCAGCAGUAUGGCUUGAGCCCACCAAGGCUUGGGCUUCUUCCUCAGAAUCGCCUGGAGUGGAAACUGAUCAGAACUCACCCACCAGACCCUCCAGAUGCUACAAUAAAGUGGAUUCUAGAGAGGCCCUGCUGUCCGACUCAGCUGAGCAUACCAUCUUUUCCCCCCAGACAGUGGCCACAAGUCCUAGAGAGCUCAGACUUUUGGCUGCCAGGUGCUUAGGUAUUUGUUCUUAUUUAAGUGCCACACAGGUAGACAGGUGGCAACUACUCUGCCUGUGUAAGUCCAUGCCCCAACAGCGUUCUCUGAAGGUACAGAAUAGGAUCAGCAGGCAGUGCCUGACACCCCUUUCCUCGAGUCCUAAAACAGUCUCAACUUAAGCAAGCUAGCCACUCUGAAACUGUUCAUAAAACCUAGUCCAGACAAUACUGGGGAUUGAACCAGUACUGGGUUCAACAGGGCCUUGUCCAUGCCUAGGCCAGUGCCCUGAAUUAUGCCCU